GGACAGGGCAUCCUAACGCUUCCUCAUCUCUUUAAUCCCGUCUGUCUUUCUUUCAAUCGUGCUCACAAAGUCGAUCCAGUCGGGGGCGGGGGAGGAAACCCCCGAGUCCUCCUUUCUUCCCCGCUUCGGCGCGCACGGCUCCCUGCGCGCAGUGGGACCGCAGCCAUGGGCGAGGCGGCGCGCCCUCGGGUUUCAUCAGCGGAGGGCGGGCGGGCGGGGAGGGCUCUGACGACAGGUCUCCUUCCCGUCUAAGCCGGCCCUCCAGUCGCUCAGAAGUGGAGGAAGGGACGACACUGAGCUGCUAUGGAGGCUGCGUGGCUGCUGCGCCUCGCUGUCGCCGGGGCCGUCGUGCGAGGAUCCUUGUCAGCCCAGCCUCCUAAUGUGACUUACAUUGUCCAAGAAGAGAGGUGCGACUUGUCUGUGAACUGGCUGCAUGUAGAGUCUCCCAACAGUAGCUGUACACGGCACUAUAAAGUUGCUCUGCGCGUGAAUGGAAAUUGGAUAAAAUUAUCAGAAAAUUGCUUGAGUAACCCUUCUUGGACAACGGAAAUAUCUCUGGGUGAAAAAAUUGAUUUUGGAGUCCAAACUGCUUGUGACAAAGAUUGUCAAGUGCCACCCUGGAAUGAUAAUGAAACUUUCCCUGUUGUACAAAAUGGAAUUGCAGGUACAGGAGCCAGAAAUCUCACCUGCAUUUGGUGGAAUAGGAAGUACAUGGAAUGUUCAUGGCUGAGUGGCGAGAACGCAAGCCCUGAUUCUCCCUACACAAUGUUUUACAAGCAUGGCAGUGUACAGCAGUGCAAAAACAUCACUCGCAACGGAUCCCUGUUUCAAUGUGGUUUUGACUUUGCCAUUCAGCAUGUCGAAAAUAUUGUCAUUUCUGUUGGAGGCAAUUCGAGCAACAUCCAACCUGUAUGCCUGAUUUGGGAUGAAAUAAGUAGAUUGGUAAAACUUCAUCCUCCACGCAUCGAGUACCUCUUAAAGAAAAGUAGCGAAGUAUUUCUAAAUUGGACUAAGCCAAGUGGUUUAUAUAACUUGUUCUAUGAAGUAGAAAUUACUAACGAACAAGACCGUAACGAAAAACCACAGCUUAAGUGCUUUGAAAGCCGUAAUCUUCAGGAUAACACAGCAAGAAUCGACGUUGAGCCUGAUGUACAGCAAAGUUUCCGGAUAAGAGUCAAGACAGAGGAUGGACUCUGGAGUGACUGGAGCGAAAUGAAGGUUUCAAAUCCCAGAGCCUCCACACUUUAUCUUCUUUUGAUCAUUUUAAUUCCUUUAUGUGUAGCACUACCAUUGGUCAUUUUGCUAAUUUAUAUGAAGAGGAUUAAACGACUGAUUCUUCCAAAAAUUCCUGACCCUGAACAGAUUCUGAAGUCCAUGUUUCAAGAGCAAAGUGAACUCCAGCCCCCACAUGAAACAGUCAAUAAUGAGGAAAUCCAUCCGUUAACGAUUGUGGAUCCAGCUGGAAAGGAGAAGUGAAGAAAUCAUGUUCUGAUUGUCAGAUGACUUCUGAAUGUAAUCCAAACAUGUGAAGCACAAGAAGUGAUGUGGCAGGUGCUGAAACAUCUCUUGAAUAUUUCACUCAGAAUAGUCCUUUGCUCUGGAAGCAUCUUAUUGGACUCAGCAGUUCCAAAGAAUGCAAUCAUGUAAAUAGUUUUCCUCAAGUGUCGUCUGGUCCCCACUUUCCUUUUUGUCAUUCUUGCUUGAAACAUCAAGUUCUGCAUUAGCUGCAGGCUUGCUUUGGAGUUUGUUUCCCUCUAUUUUGUGCUGCUUGAAAAAUAUGAACCAUCUGGCAAGGCUUGCCUUAGCACUUAGUGGUUCUCAGAUUCUGUUGUUCUGAGUGCUCCCCAGGUUAAUACAGAUAUUAUCAAGUGGCUCAUAAAAAACUAACUAAGGUAAGUGAUUAUCGGCUCAUUUCAGAGCUGUCAGGCCGCUCUGCCCACUCCAAAGGGCUCUCCCGCAGAAAUCGUGGUGCGUCUCCACUGGCAUCCCUGCCAGCGUACAGGAACCGAGAGGGCUCUGGAGGAUAACCAAGGUUGGUAUCGCUCCCUGAACGUCUCCGAGAUGCUGGCAGGGAGCUGGGUGCCAGGGCCCCCUGCAGCUGGGUGUGGCAGGUUUGCUCCUCCACCAGUGUAAGUGCCCCGGAGAGGACAAAUCCACCGACGUAAGCCUGCACAACCUCCAAAAGAGCAUUUCUCGUCCCUUCCUUCCUAUGGAUUGUGCUGUAUAAUAUUUAUUCUAAGACCAGAGUAUUCCUCAUUGCUGAAAUUGGUGCAGUAUUUCUUUAUGUCACAAAUCUGUGUAUGAAGAAAUCCCAACAAGAUUUAUGCAUAUCUGUAAUUUUGAUAUAUGGGAAUGAUCGAAUGGCCCACCUACAUGACUCAAAGCCAUACCAUGGAAAGAGAUCCAAAGUUGGGUUGUAAUGGGAGAGU